GGCAACCCCGAAGCCCAGCGGAGAGAAAACCAACCGACCUCCGGCAGUGGGCACCUCGGACGCCGCCGCCAUGGACCUGGUCAUAACACAGGAGCUGGCCCGCGCCAAGAGCCAACAGGACGCUGACGCUCUGAAGAGGGCUUACCAGUUGAUUAAGUCCGCCAACCUGGGCAAGUCCGAGUUCGACCCCACAGAGAGCUUCAGCCCGGACCUGUUCGUCUUAUGUGCAGAGCAGGCCCUGAAGAUGGGGCAGCGGGAGGUGAGUGAGGACUGCAUCCAGAUGUACUUCAAGGUGAAGGGGCCGGUCACCCAGUUUCUGGGCCGGGCGCACCUGUGCAGGGCCCAGCUGUGUGCCCCCAAGUCCACGGAAAACAUGGAGGAAUUUGAAAAUUGUGUGACUCAGUACAUGAAGGCAAUCAACUUUGCCAAAGGAGAACCAAGGUAUUACUUCCUGGUGUACAACGCGUCGCUGCUGUACUGGAGGAUGGCGAGGCCGUUUCUCAGGCCUGGCUACCGCCAGCGCCUGGUCCCCAGCCUGGCGCAGAUGGUGAGCGCGCUCAGUCAGACGGAGGAGGAGGACACGGAGUGGCAGGCAGAGCUGAUGCUGGAGCUUCUGGAGUGUUACUUGCAGGCCGGGGAGAAAGCGGAGGCUGCAAGGUUUUGUGCCACCGCGGCACCGUUCAUCAAGGCCCAUGUGCCACAGAAAUACCGGCAAAUGUUUGCCCUUAUGGUCCAACAUGAACUAAUGGACGAGCUUCAGUUAAAGGAAGAAAGGAGAAGUUCGAUCAGCCUGUCUGUCACUUUCCAGAUUAAUAUGCUAAAAGCAAAACUGGAUCAAAAUGACUUACCUGAAGAUGUCAACAAAAUUCUGAAGGAGACCUAUAAACAUUUAAGUCAGUACAAUCACCAGGGCUUUCCUGCAGUCAGAGAGGAAAAAAUGAUUUUGCUUUUUGAAUUAUCUCAUCUUUCUCUGAACUUGAAAUGCUGGGAUAUCGCCUCUGAUUGCCUCUCAGACCUGAAGAAGAUGGACAGCGAAGACCCUGCGAGGCUGAUUGAAGUCGAGUGCCUGGAGUAUGAAUUGGAAGCUGUAAGACUGGAAAAUAAAAUUAAAACCUAUACCCGAGAGGCUGUGGAGGCCCAGCUGGACAUCGUGCAGAAACUGGACGUCACGCUGCAGCGGGCCGUGCGCCUGGGUGAGCCCCGGCUCGUCCACACCGUGUGCGCCACCCAGUGGAACACGUGCCUCCCGCUGCUGCAGCACAACCUGCGCCACCACCUGCGGAAGCCGCUGACCAACAUCGCAGAUGUCCUGGAGAAGGCGGACAGCCUCGCGGCCCAGCUUCGCUGCCAGGUGCACCUGGAGAUGGCGCACAUCGAGGAGGACGCGGACCGGCUGGAGCCCGCCAUGGAGCACCUGAAGAAGGCCAUGCUCCUGGACGGCCUGGGGCUCUACCAGGACAAGAUCAGGAUGGCCCUCAACCGCCUGCAGCUGUGCACCACGCUGUACCAGGUGCCCGCGCGCGACGAGGACAAGGCCACCAUGGCCAUUGAGCAGGCGAAGAAAGCGAUGCCCAAGGACAGCGUGCGCAAGAAGCGGGCGCUGCUGGUGAAUGCGGGGCUGGCCCUGGCCCCCGACACCUUCCAGGUCGUGCUCGAUGGCGAGAACGAGGCCAAAGUUUCCACCGGGAAAACCCGGGGCCGCUUCACCUACCUGUUUGCCAAGGCGCGGCACCACACGCUCAGCCUGGACAAGGCGGUGGGCCAUCUGCGGCGCCUGGGGGGCCAGAACGACAAGGAGCGGAUACACAUCUGGGCAGAGCUGGCCAAGGUGGCCCGGAAGCAGAACGUGUGGGACGUGUGCCGGACGGCCAGCCGCUUCUGCCUCCUGUACGACAGCGUCAAGGUGAAGAAGCCGGCCAAGUUCAAGCGAGGCAGGAAGAAGAAGGGCUGGGACGGCCCAGGGCUGGACUCCAGGGGCCACUCGGAAGCCACCCUGCAGAAGCAGGCGUCCCCCACGCUGCUGCGCAAGUUCGCGGAGGUGGGCUUCAUCAGCGCCGAGGCCACUGUCCACCUGCUGCGGUCGGAAGGCGUGCAGCUGAACGACCGGCCCACGCCCCCCGAGGACAUGAGCCAGCACCCAAUGGGCUACAUACCCGAGUGCCCGGAGGACAAUGCCGAGUGGAUCGUGUACCGGAACUGGAUAGAGGGCCUCUCGCAGCACGCCAUGAACUGCUGGCUGCGCUCCGCCGACAUCGGGCAGGAGCUCCAGGAGCCGUGGAUCGUGCAGAACGCCGUGGUCUACGUGCUGAAUCAUAACCACCACCUCCUCAAGGCUGGGCGGCAGCGGGAGCUCCUGGACGCCUUGUACCACCUGCUGGGCAUCAUGAAGGCCGUGGGCCACAGCGGGGACUCGCUGCUGCUGGCGAUGCUGUGCAGUGCGCUCGCCCGAGGCCUGAUCAUCCACUGGAUCCCGGCCCUGGUUCCCGAGAAGGCCAGGAAGCAGGCGCGCUCCAACCCACUCCACACGCCGCUGGACCCCGAGGCCGCCUCUGAAGUCAGGGCUGCCGUGGAGAUCUGCGAGUUUGCCCUGAACCUGACCAACGGGCUGGAGCCCGAGGAGGUGGUGCCCCUGAGUGCUCGGCAGCAGCUCAUUGCCACGUGGGUGAAGGGCAAGCAGCUCCUGCAGCAGCAGAUCGGGCCACGGCUGGGCACGGAGGAGCAGAGCACCAACGAAGACAUCAGCUCCAUGACCAGAGUUCUCGUCGCCCUGGAGAUGUACUCCUGCAAUGGGCUGGGCCUCAUGGACUUCACUGUGCCCCCCUUAGCCCAGCUGGUGAAGAUGGCCUCAGAGUGCACCUGGUCCGACCUCCUGGUGGAGCUGCAGACCCUGAUGCGGCUGACCCACUUCACCUACAUGGCCCGGGACCAUGAGGCCACCAUGGCCUGCUCAGAGAAGGCCAUCCAGAUGGGCAUCAAGUACCUUCGGACCUUCAAUCCGGUGGAGGUUCAGCUGCUGGCAGAGAUGCUGAGCUUCGUGGCCUGCACCCAGGGAAGGAGCAUCAUGGAGAACCUCAAGGGGAGGAAGCAGUUGCGCCUGGCGGCUGCCAAGGCCUUCAUCGAGAGUGCCAGGUUUGCAGGCAUCGCAGGGAGCAGCGCCCUGGUGAUGCUGGCCGCCAGGCACUUUUGGAACACCUGCCUCCCGCUGCUGUCCUCCCCGGGCAGCCGGAAGAAGUGCAAGAGCGCCACCCAGAGGAUCAUCAGCGUCAUCAACAAGACGGAGGCCAAGAAGCAGGAGAAAGGGGGAGCACUGCUUUUGCACCAGUGGCCCACGGCCGACUUCCAAAGUGGAGGGAUGACGGAAGGGAAUUUCCUCCCAGAUAAGACGACUUUGAGACUGUUUGCUGGUGCAGCCGGGGGAGACGCGGACGGCGGCCCAGACCCUCAGGACCUGCGGGGGGCCGGGCUGCGGGGGAACCUGCACUGCCCGCACCCCACGCCCUGGCAGCACUUCGCUCCACGUGCUGAAAUCCUGAUCUUCAAACACAUGGUCAUCGUGAAGGCCAAGCUCGGCCAGAGCUUCCUGAUGGAGAUCCAGAAGUUCCGGGACCAGAGCGAGGAGUACCUGGCCCGCAUGUGGCAGCGCCUGGCCCUCAACUCCAAGAGCGUGCACGGCGAGCUGACCUGCUACCACAAUGCCAUCCAGGCCCUGCAGAAGCCGGAGAGCGAAUGGCAGAAGGUGGACUCCAUCAUGGAGUUCAGCGAGUUUCUGUACUACAAGCAGUUCCCUCUGGAGGACGUGGUCUUCCACCUCAAGUGGGCAAUCGACAUCCUGCUGAGGAUGCAGCCCGUGGGGAGCAUCCCCGAGCCAGCCGGCGGCCCGGGGGGCGCGGGGCCCCCCUCCCUGCAAGAGCUGCAGAGCGUGCGGCAGCUGGAGACGCUCGCCCGCGCCUACACCCUGCUGGCCCUGGUGGCGACCCCGUGCAGUGCUGGCCACCAGGACUACUGCCUCAUGGCCUACGCCUUCCUGCACCGCAUCUGGCAGGUUUCUUUCUCAACAGCAGGAAAAUCCACUUCAGAAAGUAGAAUUUCAGCAACAGCAAGCUCACACUUGUUGCCUAAAAAAGAGAAAGAGAAAAGCAGAGACAGAGACAAGGAGAAGGACAAGGACAAGGGGAGGGACCCGAAGCAGUUCCAGAGUCCUGCUCCUGGCAAAUGCCUUGAAGACUUGCCCUCAAGCCUAGAAGAGUGGGCUUCCUAUGCCUGCCCCGAAGAACUCAUAUCUGUAUUCAAGCAGGAUCAGAGUGACUUUACCAUCAACCCGUCAACUAUCCAGAAGCCGACGUACAGUCUGUACUACCUGGACCGCUUGGUGGAGGCCCUGCAGAAGAUGUUCCUUCAUGAGCUCGCAAUCCCGGUCCUGCAGCUGGGGGCGCUCAUCGCAGCCUCCGUGGUUGAGAGCAAGAGCCUAAAGGAUCUCUACCACCUCCGACUUGCCCUGGCUUGUUCUGACUUGAGGUUGAGGGAGGCGGCCACGUACCACGAGGAGGUGGUGGGGCAGGCCUACAUCUGUGACAUGGAGCAGGCCAGCUGCAGAAAAGAAAUUGCCUUGAAAAAGGAGAAAAAUAAGGAACCUCUAUUAGAAGAAAGUCUGCCAACACUGAAUGAGCUCCCCGCUUCGGCCCCGCAGGCAGAGAUGAAGCCCCUCAUAGCAAAGGAUAAGAUCCUGAAGGUAAAUGAAGAGACCGGCAGGGGCCUGGACGGAACAUCCUUCCCACUGCUGUGGACCCUCAAGGCCGAAGUCCUGCUGAAGAUGGAGCUGUACCAGCCUGCGAGGCUGCUGCUGUCAGAAGCGUACCUGGCCUUCCAGGAGCUGGGCGAUCCUCUUGCACAGUCCAGGUGCCUGCACUUGCUGGCCCAGCUCGCCAACAAGGAGAAGCAGCACGGGCAGGCUCGGCGGAUGGUGGAGAAGGCCCAGCGCCUGGGAGGGAGUGAGGAGUUCUGGUACCAGUCCACCCUGACCCUGGCGGACUCGCUCCUGUCCGCAGAGGGCGAGAGGCGAGAGACCCUGGUCUGCAAGCUGUUCCAGAAGCUCAUAGACACCUUCAACGUGCUCAAGAAAGAGAGGCCAAACCGAAUGCCCAUGUUGGAAUUCAUGACCACAGACCUGGAAGCCAGGUGUGUAAGCCUCCAGAUCAAAGCCGUCGAGGAGCAGCUGGACAGAGACCCCCAGGAGAACUUAUUUCUGAUGCUGGAAAUAGACCGCCGCUUGCUGGAGGUGGAGGAGAAGUUUGCCAGCAUCGGCCACAAGGAGCAGUGCAUGGACAUUCAGCUGGAGCGGGCCCGCAUAAAGAGGUUGUCUGCCCAAAGUGAGAAAUUUGAAGAGCAGAAAACUGCAUGUUACUUGGAAGCAUACGACCUGGCCCAGAGAGCCGUGGCUGGAGCAGUGGACCUGUUUCUCAGUGUCCAGAGUUUACUGUCCCUUCACGACGUAAGGAUGUUAUAUGAAUUUUACCUCAAUUUAAAAAAAUCCCAGAAAGCUAUGGGAGAGAUGCCCAAAUAUUUGGAAAGUAAGUGGUCUGUGUCCCUGAAGAAGUGGUUCAACCUGAAGCACAGCCUGGUGCACAUGGUGCUGGCGCAGCUGGGGAGCCUGCAGUCGCUGAGCGCGGACUCCGAGGAGCCUCACCCAUGGUUCCUGGGCCUGGCCGGGAAGGCGCUGCACCUGCUGGCCGAGAACUGGGACCUCCUGCUCCCCGCCUGCUACUGGGAGGAGAGACUCUGGGGGGGCGCUGAGCUGAGCAGCCUCAGGGGUCUGGAGAUCAACCAGGAGGACCCGGAGCAUGAGGGGCCCUACGGUGAACUGCCGUCCUUCAGGGCCACCCCCGAGGAGUGGAGGAAGGGCUGGGAUCAGAGGGCACGCCGGCCUCCACCCAGCCCCAGGCUGCCCGGCCCACAGAGCCCGCUUGAGUCUGAGGUCCCCCCGCGGAGGAGGGUGGUGCUGGCCCAGCAGUACCUGGCCCAGGCGUCCGAGGUGCUGCUGCAGUGCCUGCAUGGGGCCCUGGGCAGCAACCUACUGGACAUUGCCGCGGCUGCCAGCCUGGAGAUGGUGGAGUGCACGGGCAUCCUGGAGCCCACGACCGCCUGCCAGUUCCUCGCGCUGGCUCAGAGCUGCUCGGCCUCUGAGAGGAUGCGCGAGGUCCUGUUCGCAGCCACGGCCAACACCAGCAGCUCACAGCUGGCCGCGCUGCUGCGGCUCCAGGACAGGCUGAGGCGCCAGGAGAGGACGUCCACCAACCUGUGUGCCAGCGUGGAGCAGAGACUGGCCGCCACAUCCAAGGCUUGGCAAAACCUCCGGGUCACGGAAGAGCACUUUAACCUCUUGAAUGACAUUCCUCCCACCGUUCGGGUCAUCUUCCUGCACCACUCCAGGGACGGGACCCGACUGUAUGGCGCCUCCUACGACAAAACCAAGUCUGUCCCUGCAGCCAAAGGCAGAAUACUCCAGACCGGGGGCUCCUGCAAGGUGGCUCGGGUGGCCGUGAGCCCCGCUGACUUCUCCCGCCUGCUGGCCAGUGUCCAGCAGUUCCGGGAGCAGGCCCAAGCUGAGGCCUACAGUGAGGACAUGGCCCUGAGCACUGGCCUGGAGUCGGAAGGCGUGCACCCGAAGGGGGAGGACCGCGCUCUGCUGAGGUUCGAGGUGGUCUUGAAGUCCAUGGAGCAGUACCUGCAGCCGCUGUUCCCGCUGCUCAGCUGCCCCCCGGAGCCCAGAGCACCGAUCCCCGUGGUGGUUUCAGAUUCUGGAAAAACAAAGGGCAAAGACAAGGAGAGGAAAAUGUCCCUGUCCCAGGUGCAGCCCGAGGUCGCAGACGACGUCGUCCUGAUCGCGGACAGGCAUCUGCUGGAGCUGCCGCUGGAAGGGCUGUCCGCGUUCGCCGGCGGGCUGGUCUCCUCGCUGUCCCGGGAGCUUUCUCUCCAGAUGCUACGCAAUCGCCUCCGCAGAGAGGAGCCAGAAGGGAACAUGAAGAAGGAAAGCAGAGGCAAAGACCACAAGAAGAGAGGCGCGACACGGAAGGCCGGGAAGGGCACCAUGCCCCGGAUCGUCCCCUCCCACUGCGUCCUCGUCGACUCGGACAACUUCAAGUUCGUCGUGGACCCCUAUGAGGAGGCCCAAGGCCCAGAAAUGCUGACUCCUGUCUCCGUGACCCGGGAAAUUUUGGAACGAUUCCGAGACACGUUCACUGGGAAAUGGACGGGGCACCUGGGCAGUCAGCAGUUUCCCAGCCAGGCCGAGUGGGAGCAGCUUCUGGGCAGCUGCACAGGCUUCUUCUUCUACGGGAUGGAGAACUUCCUAUCGCACAUAUUAGUGGAAAGUCUGGCCGCCAUGAACUUGGAAGGUGAGACCUCGGAGGCCCGCCUCUCUGCUAAACCCACCCGCACAGGGCAAGGGUCGAAUUAGCACAAGGACAGAGCACGCCCCCUGCGUCUUUUCAGGUGUCUCCGGUCCUCUGAUGCAGGGCUGGGGGCUUUAGGACCGCACAGCAGGGCCUGGGGGUGGGGCUGAGGCCCCUCCUGCCUCCGUCCCCUCCUCCAUUUCUGAGAGCGCAGGCUCGGGAGCUGGGUCAGGUCACCCUUUCGGACUGGGCAUUCAGAGUCCAGGAGGGCUGGGCCGGCGUUUCUGGAAGGUGCUGGUCACAACUCUCCCCCGCUUCCAGUUCUUGUACUUGAACUGCAGGCUCUGGUCCCGUUUCCCAUUUUCUUCUCACUGCCCACUGGCACCCGCAUCACCCCACCCCACCCCACCCAGGUGC